UUACAGGGGAAAUCCAAAACUUUGCCUAGAAUGGAAACCAGCAAGGUCAUCUCGACGGACAAAGCAACGGUCGUCAUCCAAGUAAAUCCACAGGUGUGUGAUGAUGGACAGGAGAACAGAGGAGCGUAUCACACAUUUCUCAAAGCACAACUAAAGGCACUGGGGACUGUCCAGAUAAUGACUGGAGUGAUGGUUUUCUUAUUUGGUAUUGUGCGCACCACCGAUGUCUACAAUUUCCCUGCUGUUUCUUUGUUUAGUGGCAUAACCUACUGGGGAUCCCUUGUUAACAUCAGUGCUGGAGCUCUAUCUGUUGCUGCGCAGAAUAAACCUAAUCCGUGUGUGAUGAAUUCCUCUCUUGCCAUGAAUGUUCUCAGUGCCGUAACGGCAGGGCUCGCCAUUCUUCUCAUAUCCAUGGAGAUAGGACUCGGCUCAGGGACCAGCAAGUAUCAAAGCUGUCCCAAAACCUACGGUCGAACUGAAGACACUAUGUGUUUAAAGUUUGAGAGAUAUGAUCUGGGGAUCCUUGGGAUAUUGCUGGUGUUCUCCGUCCUCCAGUUCAUCAUCUCCAUCUGUAUCUCAGCGUUCGCCUGCAAAGCCUCCAGCAACUACGACUCUACAGUGGUUCAUGUGGCACUCACUGGGGAUACUGAGUCACAGUGAGGAGAUCCAACCGUCCAAAGGUUGCAAGGAAUGAAUCUCUCAUAUUAUUGCUUCCAAUGACUCAAGCUAGUUUUUUUCCCUCUAGUGUUACGGGAAUUGAACAGAA